AUGAGCUGGGAGACAGCCCCUGAGGUGACAGACCCUCACUCUCUUUGCUAUGAAAUCACCAUCAUCCCUAAAUUUAGACCUGGACCACAGUGGUGUGCGGUUCAAGGCCAGGUGGAUAAAAAGACUUUUCUUCGCUAUGACUGUGGCAACAAGACAGUCACACCCAUCAGUCCCCUGGGGAAGAAAUUAAGUGUCACAAAGGCCUGGAAAGCACAGAACCCAGUACUGAGAGAGGUGGUGGACAUGCUCACAGAGCAACUGCUUGACAUUCAGCUGGAGAAUUACACACCCAGGGAUCCCCUCACCCUGCAGGCCUGGGUGUCUUGUGAGCAGAAAGCCGAAGGACACAGCAGUGGAUCUUGGCAGUUUGGUUUCGAUGGACAGGUCUUCCUCCUCUUUGACUCAGAGAACAGAAUGUGGACAACGGUUCAUCCUGGAGCCAGAAAGAUGAAAGAAAAGUGGGAGAAUGACAAGGAUGUGACCAUGUCCUUCCGUUACAUCUCAAUGGGAGACUGCACAAGAUGGCUUGGGGACUUCUUGAUGGGCAUGGACAGCACCCUGGAGCCAAGUGCAGGAGGUAACAAAAGAAAGAAACAGGGAUCUCGAAUGAGAUCAGAAACGGUGAUCUCAAGGAACUAGUUCUUGAGUUCAGCUUCAGUCAUCCCAGUAUACACGUUUAUGUUAAAAUGACCCCCUCAUGGGGCGCUCCUCCUGGGGGUGCUGGCGUGCCUGUGCUCUCCCAUCCUCCUCUCCCUUCUCCCUCCUGACUCCUCUUUCUCACUGCACAUGCUUCUGCUCCCUGCGCUGUGGAUUUCUCACCAACCUCGAAGCUGCGGGUGUCAGUUUUCAGACUUUUCUCCUUAGUGUUCCCUCUUGAGAAUCACUUUUCCUUUCCUCUCUCUGGUCUAUUUCUGGAAAUCCAUCAAAACCUCCUCCAAGGCCAGCCCAGAGACCCUCCCCUCCCCGACCCUGGAGUAUCACCUUCUCUUCCACCACAGCAGGAGGGUGGGCUGUGCUGUCACCUUGCUUCCCUCAGCAGCUGUGUGAGCUCCCU